AUGCGGCAAAGCCUGCCAAACAAAUUACUUUCACCCGCUUGUGCUGCUCGUGUUGCUGUGCACACACUGUAUCAAAUUAAACAAAUCCAUGAAAUUGGCUACAUUCUGAGGGAUUUGAAAAUUGGCGACAUGUUACUUGGUUUAAGCGGUAAAGAAACAAAAAUGAUAUUUCUUGUGGAUUUUGGAAUGUGUCGGACAUAUAUCAAAAGGGAAACUAACGGAUCGCUCACGAUACGGCCACCACGCGAAAAAGCAUUCGUACGAGGAAUUUUGAGGUACUGUUCUCCACGUGUGCACAGAAGGCAAGAUGUUUGCCGUGCCGAUGAUCUGUGGUCGCUGGUUUACAUUCUCGUCGACCUGACUACUGGUCUUCCGUGGCGAGACAAAAAAGCUGAGAAAGUCGUUGCUGAUUUGAAAGAGAAGGCCAACGAUAAGGAGUUGUUUGAUAACUGUCCACAAGAAUGGCUCAAGAUAAUGGAGCAUAUCAGAUCACUGAAAUUCGAGUCACGUCCUGACUACAAGUUGGUCUACAAGUGCCUGCAAGAAACGCUGGUUCGAUUUCAGGCAUCCUAUUCGGAUCCAUGGGAUUGGGAUCUUGUGGGCAAUAAUGUGAUCGUAGAAGAAGAAGAAGAGGAAUCCGAUUCGUCGUCAUCAUCAUCAAAAAAGAUUAAGAAAGAAACGAAAACAGAUGUAAAGGAAUUGAGGCCAGAGAGUGAUCAGGAUGAAGAACGUCCUAUUCAGGAAAACCGGGUUUUUAUCAUUGAGAGCCAAAUUGUUAGGCUUAAUUUGGGUUAG